AUGACGUCAAUAGUACUACCAACUAUAAUAUUUUGUAUUGGAAUGGUAGCUGCUAUGCUGGUUGGAAUCAAUAAAUGCAAACAAUGGGAAUUAGACAAAGUUGUAGAAAUGCGACGAACUCGGAGAGUUCUUCAAAGGGUGACCAAUCGAUUGAGAGAGAAAAAUUUCAAAACAAUUCAAAAAGCAAGGACGAUGAGAAAAAGAGCUACAAAGACCAGAUCUAGCCAAUUCUCACCACCGGCUUAUGUUUCUCAAGUCAGCAAUGAAAUUCCGUGUGGAACGUCUCCGCCGCCUUCAUAUGAGGACGCUCUCCUCGAAGAAUAUUAUCGUGAAUGUCAUCCAAAAAGACGCUCUGUUCCAGUUCCGGAAUCACCGCGUAGAUAUGCACGAUCACGUCCCAAUGCAACUCGUCGCCUUAGUCGCCAAAGCAACAAAAGCACCCGAAAGCAAUCAAUUCAAAUUGUGUAA